UUGAUAGACUGCUCACUAGUUCAUCAACUAGGUCUUAGCGAGAACUGAUCUAACAUCAAAAUGACGACCCUCAACUAUUUGCCUUCUGUGAAGCCUUCUGCGAUUGCAAUGGGCGCUGCCUUCACCCAUACUGCUUCUCUGGGUAUACUUACUCCUAUCUUCGGUGACACGUACCAUCGAGCCCAAGCCGCCAAUUCGAAGGAAGAAUUUUUUAAAUCAAAAGAGGCGACUGGCGCAGCAGUAGCCUGGGGUACCUCCUUGGCUGGAAGUGCUGUUCAAACCUAUGGGGUGGCAGCCUUGAUCAAUGCUACAGGAACCCUGAGCUACAAAGGUGCAGCUUAUCUCGGGAGCUUAAUUUUCAUGGCCAGCACAGCCCCAAGUGUCGUGAGCCAGAUUUUCGCAGAAAAAAGACCCCUCGACACCAUUGCUGUAGGCGCUUUCAGCAGAUUGUUUGAAACAGUGGGACUGAGUGUGUUCCUGACCUGGUGGGGCACGCGCACCAACCCCUUUGCGUAGGGAAACACUUACAACCUGGUAAUAGCUAUAAAUCCUUUCCGCUUCUUUACUAGGAAACCUAGGCUAUCAUGUUCUGGUUAACUGGUCUCACACUUCCAUGAAUUCUAUCAAACCUGCACGAUCGUAUUAAACAAAAUCAUCAUUUGUUUCCAGUAAACAGGACCUCUGGGUCUAAUUAAACAUGGCGACAUGCAUACAAUGAACUGGUGAUUAUCAUAUCAGGAGUCCUUGUUUCUUGCAUUGAUUCAAAAUCAAAAAUCGAGAGCGCUUCC